UACAAAGAACCAGUUGAUCUUAUUGCAAGAAGUGUUCAAACCAUUGCCAACCAGAAAGAUGUUCAUAAUAUCAGUAUGACCGUAUCAUUUGAGGAAAAAACACCAGAUUUGUCCAGAAAAACACGGAAACUAAGAAAAAUAUUCUCUACUGCGGGCUUCGCUCGAUUAAUAUUUGCAGUUCAUCCUUUUGGCCAAGCAAAUGAAAUUCCAGGAAAAUGUUCCAAUGCCAAUAAUGGAUUUCGAGAGUCUGUACAUGUAUUACAGAGAGAAAUGGGUGAUAAUUUUAAUCCUGAAAAUAUCCUUGUAACAACCUGUGAUGCUGAUAGUCAGUUUCCGAACAACUACACAUACGCAUUGUGUCAAAAGUUUACAGAAACUAACUAUAAACAUUCAACUAUAUUUCAAGCCCCUUUAUUUUAUAAUUGGGGUUUAGAUGGUGCUUCAUUUGUAACCAGAGUAACUGGUCUGAUUAGGUCAACUUUAAUGCUUGGUGCUUUAAUACCCUUUAAUAUCAAUUCUAUGAGCAUAUUUUCAUUUUCUUUACGUCUAUGUAUCGAUGGAAAUUAUGUUCAUCCAGCUUAUCAAAUGGAUGAUAUAAUCUGUUUAAUUCGUUGGAUGGGCGUAACAAGACGUAGAAUUCACAUCUGCGCUUUACCAGUUCCAGUGCUUAGUGGUCCAACAAGUGGUUCCACUGUUGAAAUCGAUGUGAUUGAAUGGGCGCGCCAAGCGAGGCGAUGGACAAUAGGGGCUGCUGAGGUGUUUCAUUACUUUGCUGUUAAAUUUCCUCGGAUGCCCAAAUUACCCGCCUUGUCUUGGGGUCUUAAUUUUCUUAUUUACUAUGGUAUUUUACUUUGUUCUGGAUCUUUGUAUAGUCUUUCGAUGAGUCUGUCAAUGGUGUUUUUAGUUGAUACAAAUAGCAUUCCAGAUUAUGUUCAAUAUUGGAUAUAUGGGUUAGCUGCUUGUCAACAAUUAUGUUUUUUGAUUGUGUUUAUUAUUGAUGUCUUUGCGACCAGAGUUUUAGGUGUUAAAGAAUAUAUAUGUUUAGCAAGAAAUAUUUUACACUGGAUCCUCACCCCGUUUGUUUUAUUAGCCUAUUCAAUUGUAGAAUUUUAUGCUCUUCAUGAAGUAGCAAUUCGAGGUAAAAAGGUGUGCAAACACGGAGCAUCUAAUAAAGAUGCAUUGAAAGCCUAA